GAAGUUGUCUGGCGGUUGAUUGCUUGCUUCAAACGUUUACGUACACGUUGUUUUCUCUUUCUUUUUAAUAUUCUGAAUAUAUUUAUUUAUCAUAUUUUAAGUUUAAAAUUUAUAUUAUUCUUAAAUAUAUUUGUUAUUUAUUUGUUUAAAAAAACCAAUUACAUACUUUCGUAACCGUUAUCACUGAAUCAUUUAUGUCACCGAUAUUCGUAUUGUAACGCUUUAUUAUAGAUAGACCUACUAUUCAAGGAACGAUGGUAGUUCGCCCGAACUCGGCUCACGCAUCUGGCGACACUGGUAACUCUCGCCCUUGUAUCUACUUCCUAUUUUGAAUGGACACGUGUUGCUGUGGUUCAAUUUAAUAACAGAUGGAACAAAAAUCGUGACUGUGUGUUCCACUGAUUAGCGUUGUAUAUGUUGAGACUGAAACCAUUAGCAGUUUUCAAUGUAUGCUCUGCAAUAUUUAAGAGAUUCCAAAAAGUGAAUACGUGCAAGACUCUUCAACAGAUUUCAUUUACUUUUGCUUCAGCUAAAUAGUCACAAUGUCGAAGGACUGCUGUGGGUGUUGUUGUAGCAAGGAUAGCAAGGAAGUCCAGAAGAUUAAUGAUGCCAAACUAUAUACACCUGGCAUUUGUUCCGAGGGAUUACCUAAACCACCACCACCACCAGAGCCUGUUGUAGUAGAAGAAGUAGAAGCUGUGAAAGAAGCAUCGGAAACUAAAGUAGUAGGACCACCAAAAAUCGCACCAUCAAUGCAGAUAUUGACAGCUGAAGAAAUAAUGUUGCUUCUAGAAUCUUCUGAUCAAAAAGCAACAAGCUGUAUGGAAGUGUUGAAAUCAGUCAAUGACAAGAAAGAGUACAGAGUUCUAAAACUUUGUAAUGAUCUGACGGUACUGCUGAUAUCUGAUCCUGUUCAGUCUGAUGACGAUGAUAGUUCUAUGUCUGAAGAUGAGGAUGAGACUGAAGACAUUCCUUAUGAAUGUGGUGAAGAUCUAGAGAUAAAACCUGCAACAGACACCAAGCCAAAGACACAACAGACAUGCCCACAGAAAAAGUCUGCAGCUGCCAUGUGUGUUAGUGUUGGCAGCUUCACUGAUCCACCAGAAAUUCCUGGCUUUGCUCAUUUUCUGGAACACAUGGUUUUUAUGGGAAGUAAAAAAUACCCACAAGAAAAUGAUAUGGAUGAUUUUCUGUCAAGACAUGGAGGUGAAUCAAAUGCUUGGACAGACUGUGAGAGAACCACCUUUUACUUUGAUAUUCAGAAGAAAUAUUUUCACCAAUCUCUUGAUAAAUUUGCAAACUUCUUCAUUUCUCCGCUGAUGUUAAAAAAUAGUGUAGACCGAGAACUGCAAGCUGUGGACAAUGAGUUCCAGAUGUCAAAGCUCGAUGAUCUUGAGCGUGUUAAUCAGCUAGUAGGUUCAACAGCAGUUGAGUCUCACCCAAUGUCAAAGUUCAUGUGUGGAAAUUUGAAAAGUUUGAAGACUGAUCCAGAGAAAAAUGGAAUUGAUGUUUAUGCCAGACUUAGGGCUUUUUUCGAAGAACACUAUGGUGCAUGCUACAUGACACUUGCAGUUCAAUCACAAGAAAAUUUGGAUGAUUUACAAAAAGUGGUGAUGAAAGCAUUUUCAGCUAUACCCAGCAAAUAUACUUGUUGUGAAGUGAAACCAAGACCAGCAUAUCUAGACUUGAAGGAUCCUUUUGAAACCAAAGAAUUCAGAAAAAUUUACCGAGUAAUCCCAAUGGAAGAUACGCACAGGCUGGAGAUCACCUGGGCUUUGCCACCAAUGAUAAAACACUACAAAGAGAAGCCACUCCAGUAUUUGUCUGCAUUGAUAGGACAUGAGGGAAAGGGCAGCAUCUUGUCAUAUCUCAAGAAAAAAUUUUGGGCACUUGAGUUGUGUGCUGGUAACUCGGGAUCUGGUUUUGAAAUGAACUCGACCUGGUCUAGCUUCUAUGUGAACAUCACUCUCACAGAGUGCGGUCUGAAGAAUGUAUAUGAGGUCAUGACAGUGGUGUUCCAGUAUAUUCUGAGAUUACAGCAAUUAGGCCCACAGCCAUGGUUUUAUCUUGAGCUACUGCAGAUAGAAGCAUGCAAAUUUAGAUGGAAAGAACCGGGUGAUCCAGUAGACUAUGUGGAGAGUGUGUCAGAGUGUAUGCAUUUAUAUCCUCCUCCACACUAUCUGAUGGGCAAGCAUCUCUUCAUGAAGUAUGAUGAAAAGAUGAUAAAAAUGUGUACAGAUGCCUUGCAGCCCCAUCUGGCUAACAUUGUGCUUUUGUCCAAGACAUUUGAAAGGCAACGUUUAUGUGAUCUUGAAGAACCCUGGUUUGGAACAAAGUAUGGUGUCACAGAUGUGGAAGCUGAAUGGUUGUUUUCAUGGGAUGAUAUGGAACCACUAGAUGAACUACAAUUGCCAUCGCCUAACCCUUAUAUUGUCACAGAUUUUGAACUGGAAGAAGUGAAUAAUCCAGAGAAGUUACCCUACAAACUUGUUGAUAUACAAGGUGUUCGGAUGUGGUUUAAGAAAGAUACCAAGUUCAAUGUUCCAAAGGGUUAUAUCUAUCUUAACUUGCAAAGUCCGAUUGUAUGUCAGGGUGUUCAAUGUGCAACACUUAUGCAGCUGUUCGUCAAUGUCUUGCUUCACACUCUGAAUGAAUUGGUGUAUCCAGCUGUAUUGGCUGGCUACGAGUAUUGCAUUGAAGAAACCAUCACAGGUGUUGCCAUACAGAUGUCUGGAUUUAGUCACAAACUGACAGUGCUGUUGAAAGCAAUAGUGGAUCAUAUUGCUGAAUUUGGCUUCUCCGAUAGAGUGUUUAAAAUCGUUAGUGAGCAGCAGAAGAAAAGCUACUACAAUGAAAUGCUCACGCCAAGCAACCUGGCCAAAGCAAUGAGAUUCGCUGUGUUGGAACCCUGCAAUCAGCCCAUUUUUGAGCGAUAUGCUGUCAUGGAAAAGCUAACACCAGAUCAUCUAAGAACUUUUGUGCAGAGGUUUAGAUGUAAUCUUUUUGUUGAAGGUUUUGUGAUGGGAAAUUUCACUCCAGAGAAGGUGUCGAAAAUUGCAGAAUACAUACAGGUCCAGCUGUGCAGCACCUUAUCCAAGGAUCAGAUAUCAAAGAAACUCCUGUUGGAUGUUCCUCACGGGAAAAUGAUCUGUCGAGUCCUGAGUGUGAAUGAGAAUGACACAAACUGCUGUGUAACCAACUACUACCAGGCAGGUCCAGGAACUCAUCAUAACUGCUGUCUCAAUGAAUUGCUUGCAACUCGAAUGUAUGAGCCUUGCUUUGAUACACUAAGAACAAAAGAGCAGUUGGGAUACGGUGUUUACUGUCGGCCACUUGUGACAAACGGAAUCCUAGGCCUAGCAAUCACAGUUGAAAGUCAAAGUUCAAAAGUCAGUCUGGAGGAAGUUGAUGAUAAAAUAACAACAUUUUUGGAAGAAUUUGAGCAAACACUUCACGAUAUGACAGAUGCAGAGUUCCAUACUCUUGUGCAGUCAGUGAUCACAGACAAAGAGUCGGAGGAUACCCACAUGGGCGAGGAGGCUCAGCGAUACUGGCGCGAGAUUUUUGACCACACCUACAUCUUCAACCGCCUACACAAAGAGGUUGUCGUUUUGAAGAAGCUAUCCUUGCAUGAUUUGAGGAAAUGGUUCAAACAGUAUUUAGGCAAGAAACAAAAGAAACUCAGCUUACAGGUUUAUGGUAGACCGAUGGCUUUGGGAUCAACAGACGACACUUUCAAAGGCUUGACAUAUUUGUCAGCAGAUGAUCCAGAUGUACGGUUCAUCCUGAAUAUUGAACAAACAAAGAAGACUAUGAAAGUCUUGCCAUACACACUCAUUACUCAUUGAGGGAUGUGUUCCAGAGAAUGAAAAAACUUUAUAUCUUACCCCAUGUUUUUUUACAUUGUGGGGUUGUUUUCUAGAGAUUACACUGUAUAUUUAUAUUUUACAGACACUUUUCACUUUUGAUGGGAAAUUUAUUCUACAGAAAACUGUUUAUACAUCUUAUCAUGUUUUAUUUCCCAUGCAAGUGUUUUCUGGAGAAAACAAUUUUUACAUCUCUCUACAUCUGCAAAUUGCUUUCCGAUGGGCAUUUUCUAAAAAUGAACUUAUUUGUAUCUUAUCACAAACUUGUUCUUCAGAUGGGAAUUUUUUUCUACAGAGAUGCUGUGUAUUUGUAUGUAAAUACUAUGAAGUUGUUACUGGUGAUGGGAGUGCAUUUUAGAGAGAGAUACUAUGUACAUGUUUGUAAAUCAAGCAUACCAUGAGGUUGUUACUGGUGAUGAGAGUGCAUUCUAGAGAGAUAACUAUGUACAUGUUUAUAAAUAAAGCAUACCAUAAAUUGUUACUGGUGAUGGGAGUGCAUUCUAGAGAAAUACUAUGUACAUGUUUGUAAAUAAAGCAUACCAUGAAAUUGUUACUGGUGAUGGGAGUGCAUUCUAGAGAGAUACUAUGUACAUGUUUGUAAAUAAAGCAUACCAUGCACUUGUUACUGGUGAUGGGAGUGCAUUCUAGAGAGAUACUAUGUACAUGUUUGUAAAUCAAGCAUACCAUGAAAUUGUUACUGGUGAUGGGAGUGCAUUCUAGAGAGAUACUAUGUACAUGUUUGUAAAUCAAGCAUACCAUGCACUUGUUACUGGUGAUGGGAGUGCAUUCUAGAGAGAUACUAUGUACAUGUUUGUAAAUAAAGCAUACCAUGCACUUGUUACUGGUGAUGGGAGUGCAUUCUAGAGAGAUACUAUGUACAUGUUUGUAAAUCAAGCAUACCAUGAAAUUGUUACUGGUGAUGGGAGUGCAUUCUAGAGAGAUACUAUGUACAUGUUUGUAAAUCAAGCAUACCAUGCACUUGUUACUGGUGAUGGGAGUGCAUUCUAGAGAGAUACUAUGUACGUUUGUAAAUCAAGCAUACCAUGCAGUUGUUACUGGUGAUGGGAGUGCAUUCUAGAGAGAUACUAUGUACAUGUUUGUAAAU